GUAAUUAUCUACCUGGGAGAAGAAACCUCGUGCUGCAUGGCGAGUGAGCAUGGAGAUGACUCGAUGGAAGAUAUUCCUGUGAAGAGAUCGAGCAUGACAAAUCUGCCGCCCAGCCUGGCUGAAAGCUCGCAAGACGUGGCAAAAGCACGUGGAGAGAUCACUGAAGAUUUCAGUGAGGCAGUUGUUCUGGGUAAAUCAAGAAUGACAGAUUUGGUUGACGACCCGCUCGCCUUACUCGUUGACAGAAUGACUGUUUUCUUGGCCUCCAUGAAAGCGCGGAAUGUGUGACGCAUUUGGGUUUUUCACUUCUUGCAAGUUUUCCCAUUGUACUUGUUGCAGGGAGAUACUAUCUCCCUGCAUGGAUUCAGCCAAGCAGCCACCCAGCUGGAUGAGUUUUGGUCCCUCACCUGGAGGGCACCAGCAUGGACGAAGUAUUUCAAUGUCCUGUGCCUGCAGAUUAGCCUUGCCGCCUCAGCAGUAGGGAUAGCUUCAGGCAUCUUGGGUUUGGUUCUUCAUCGCGUUGGCGUCCUUCCACCAUGGGAUUGGGAUGGGUGGGCAUCAUGCAGGUGGUGCACGCUCUUCGGAAGCGCGGGGCACUACCUGACCCUCCUCUUGUUCCGACAAAGGCGGCGGGCUUUUCUAGAUAUUGCCUGUAUCAAAUCUGAUCAGAAACGCAAAGCAGCAGGCCUCAUUAGCGUAGGUGCGAUCUUGAAGAGCUCCAAACGCAUGUUGGUGCAGUGGGAUCCAACCUAUACUCCGAGACUAUGAUGCGUGUUCGAGCUGAGUGCCUUUCUACACACCCAGGGCCACGCAGCCAAGAUAUUGGUGUGCCCUCCAUUUUGCUAUGCUCUUGGGCGGCCAUUUGUCCUUUAGCGUUUACAUCGUCGUGCUGCUAUACUGGCGUGGAGACGCAUGGGACUGGAGAGCAACUUUUGUUUCAUUCUUUGUUUUCGAAGUCUUGUUUGCCAUUUGUUUCGGCCUCAUCUUUCACGUGCUGCGGGCAUAUUGCCGUGCUGUCGAGACACUGCAGCAACAGCUCUGUUGGUUUACGCUUGAUUCAGCAUACAGCAGCUGCUGCGAAACAGACCAUCCAUCAGGUUUGUGCGAUCGCGAUGUUAUUCUUCAAUGCAUAUCUUUCUGGUUUGGAUCGACCAGGAGGUUUGAGGAUUAUGUGCGAUCGGACGUCCGCUUGCUCCUCACCAAACAGCUUGCGAAUGAAGCAGUUUCAUAUCGGCGGGUCUUGCAGUUUACAACUCCUGUCCUGUGGUGGUUUGUUGAUAUGGCCGGAUUACAUACACUGAAUCACAGCAUGUUCAGUUGGUUCAUCAUUUCGUUGACAUACUGGCUGGCAAUGGCGCCGGGUGGCAUGAAGAUUGCGCUCCAACUGAGCUAUUUGGUGCGAAGACGAUGCUCCAGGAUGUGCUUGGACAUUUGCGUCUCUGUGGGACUUGCAGCUACAAUUUGCCUGGUGAGUUAUGGCGUUUGGAUUUUCGAGAUGUUUUUCACCCGUUACCUUCGCACCCAGAUGGAUGAACUUGCUGCUGGUUUUGUCACCUUUGGCUGUUUCGGGAUGGUCACCACUUUAAUGUGGCAAUGUUAGAUCCCCUUGUCAAACUGAAGGGCUAGGCUUUAAAACUUGACCAAUGCCAUUUUUCCAGAAUAGUAUUUGUUGAAUUGUUGAUACUGUAUGAUACUGUAUAUUUUCGCCGAGCAAGUCCCAGCGAAUGGCACUAAAAAAUCCAUUUUGGGCAGCUUGGCCUUUGCAUUUCAAUCGUGAGACACCGAGACUACUUCUGCACGAGUUGGAGCGUCUAC